CCUGGCUUGAAUCUUGCGCUACAUCACGUUGUUUACCAACGUUUGGAUUAUUGCAAAAUGACUGACGCUGGAAUGUUAACUGUAAAAACGCCAACUGAAAUGCACGAUGACUUGGAAAAUUUAGGAAUGAGCUUUGAAUAUGGUUGUGUACGUGAAAACAAUCCCGUCAGUGAGUUGUCAUUCAUGGGCUGUUUGGUAUCAAAAUUAUAAAAAGAUGCUUCAUAAAACUGUGGAUAUCUUCAGAGAGAAUUGUUUUAAGCGUCAUUAUGCAGAUAGUUGUUUUCAACUUGGUUCUAUGAAGGUGAUUGGUGAUACUGGUGUAUUACGAGAUCCAUUGGAAGCUUAUCAAGCAUUUGAACAUGGGUGUAAGGCAGGGAAACAAGGAAAAUGUUGUCAGGCUGCUGGUCGUCUUGUCGCUGAGGGUAUCGCUAGUCAUACACCAGAUUUGUCUACAGCCCUGCCAUUGUUCAGAUUAGGCUGUCAGUACAAUCUACCCGAGAGUUGUUUCCACCUUGGUGGGGCAGCAAUGGUGUUAGCUAAACGACAACAAGUACAAAAGCCGAUUGAUACAGCCGAUUCUGAUAAAUCGGUUAGCAGUGGCAGUAGUCAGCAUCACCAGCGACAACAACAACUGCUCAGUGAAGCCUUUAAAGCAUGGAUGGAUGGUUGUCGGUUAGGUCAUGAAUUAUCAUGUCGUAAUAUUGCUAAAAUGUAUACAAACGGUGAUGGUGGAGUUGAAGUCGAUAAGGUGAAAGCAGAUGAAUACUUGUUGAAAGCUGAAGAAUUGGCGAAAAAAUGUACAAAACGCUAAUUCAACUUGAUAAUUACCUUUGCGCUCCCCAGCCUUUUUUUUCUUGUUUCCCUCGCUCUUUCCUUAUCUCUCUUCUUUAGUCGACUAUUUGUGUAUAGAAAAUUAGAUAAUAAUUUUUUUUUACAAAAUAUAUACAUACCUCUUUUAUGAGA